ACGUCAAUACUGAUACUCACCUUCUCCAACUGUAACAGAGUACUCUAGAUGUACAUAUAAAGAUCGAGACUGAUACAGAGUGAUAAAUCUGCCCUUUCUUGGUAGGAAGAGACAAAUACGAGUACAAAAUCCCAAGGACGAAUCCGACAAUUCUAUACAAAAUCUCCUAACCAUGGCUCUGCUACCUACAUUUGAAUUACCCAAGUAUGUUGAAGGUCGCGCCCAUGAAGCCAAAUUUGCUCUCGCAGGUAGCGCUACACCAUACCUUUCCAUCAAGGAAUUGAUCUCGCUAUCUUCCGAGCCCGAAAAGACAGCCCAAAACUUGGACGCCAUUACCUCUCUGAAGUUCGGCGGCAACUUGCACUUGGGAAGACUGGAAGUACGCUCCGCGAUCGCGAAUUUGUACAACGGAAGUAUAUCGCCGGAUCAAGUCAUGACGGCGGUGGGCACGACCGGGGCCAACUCGACCGUGUUCACAUCUCUUCUUACUAGCGGUGACCAUGUCAUUGCACUGUUUCCGACCUACGGACAACUCUCUGGUCAACCCAGAGGUUUUCCCUGUCAAGUUUCAUCCUGGAACUUGGACGUCAAUGACAAUUGGAAGUUGGACAUCAAUCAGCUCAAAACCUUGAUCAGACCAAACACGAAAAUGAUUGUGCUCAACAACCCAAAUAACCCGACCGGUACUUACAUGGACGCCGACAUGCAAAAACAAAUCUUGGACGUCGCCAGCAAGCACGACAUUGUAGUCAUGGUGGAUGAGAUCUUUCGACCGCUCUACCACGGCGGAGAAGAAGUCCCCCCUUCAUUCGUCGAACAUGACUACACCAAGGUCGUCGUGACGGGAUCCAUGAGCAAGGCGUACGGCUUGACGGGUGUGAGGGUAGGUUGGAUCGUUACAAAAUCCAAGGACCUACUUGCCAGGUUCCUCAACACGAGGUUUUACGCCUACACUUCCGCGAGUGACAUCGACGAGGUCAUCGCCGCAGAGGCCUUGAGCGAGAGGUGUCGUCCGGCCAUCCUCAAGAAACAUUUGGGUAACGCCAACGAUAACCUGCCGUUGUUGGAAGCCUUUGUCAACAAGAACAGUGACAUGGUGUCUUGGACGAAACCGACGGCGGCGGCGACCGCCUUCAUCAGACUCUCAUGGAAGGGAAAACCGAUCGACGACGUCGAGUUUUGUCAGGCCCUCUUGGAUGAGGAAGGGUUGCUGUUGGCUCCAGGUAGUUUGUGCUUUGGAGAAGACCGUCAAACAGAACUAAAGGGUUUCGUGAGGUGCCAUUUCACGCUCCAACCAGAGAAGCUGGUCCCGGCUCUAGAGGCUUGGGAAACCUUUCUUCAAAAGAGGCGCGCCUCGUUGUCGUAGUGUUAUAGUUUCCUCUGUACAUCGACAUAUUUUGCGUCCACUCAAGGAAUUGCUGGUGGGUCAGCGCAAGCCACCAAUUUUUGCCAUACCGAUAAAUCGUUAUUGAAGGAGGCCCCCGUGUGCGGAAGCAGAAC